AGAGGCCUUCGAUAUUUAAACUCGUCAAAUACAACAGCGGUAUCACCCAACACAUCCGCUAGCGGGGCUAUCGAUCUCCACGCACAUCACAUCACUACAUCAUCACCCUCUACCAAUUCGACCAGCUCGUUCGCACAUCUACCACAAUGGAGCAACAACUGCAACAGGAUCUGCCUUUCCGCGCAGCACAGCAGGCACAGGAACAGCAACAAUUGUCACCACAACUCCCGCCCUCGCCCACGCGCUCCUCGACCGGCAGCAGCACCCGCUCGCGCAAGUCGACGCUAACCCUUGACCUCGCCAACCUCCCCCCGCUGAUCAAGCCAACACCGCCUUGCAACACGCUGAUCUUCACCAACCUCCAAUCGCGCGACAUUUUCGCUCCGGACAACCUUCAACAGAUCCGUGACCUGAUCGAGCAAAAAGCCCGCAUCCAUGCCUUUUCCCCGCUGAAGUCCCUCAGCCGCAUCAUCGUUUCCUUCUACAAUGACGAGGACGCUAUCGCAGUGCGCCAGAUUUGGGACGGCGAGGCCAUUAUGGGCGACCGCUGCCGUGUGUACUUUGGCCAGCCAACACCGCUCACGACACAACCCCACAAGCUUGCGUUGCCCGACGCCGGCAAGCUCUUCUUCAUCUCGCCCCCGCCGAGCCCGCCGCACGGAUGGGAGCAGACGAUGGAGGACGCGCCCAACAAGAUGGUGCACGCCGACGAUCUCGCCGACGCUCUGGCCCGGCUGAGGCACCACAACAACCCCAACGGCUCCGACGCCGCGGGCAAUGUGGUGAUGGGAUCGCCCGUGUCGCCGGUCGAGAGCGGCAGCAGGGGCCCUCAGCGGAGCCGCAGCUCUACCCUGGUCUUCCAGCCGAACCCGGAGAUGGGUGCGAGCCCGGACCUUCCGUGUGUUAUUAUUCAUGACAUGACGGACGAGCCCGAGGAGAUGAGCCCGAUCGCGCCGCCGGCGAACAGGCCGAUCAUGGCAAAUACCACCCGGCCGCCGGUCGAGUUGAUGCAUGAUGCUUAAACAUCGGAUAGGGAACACGGUUGCAUUCUUUCUCGGUUCUAUUCUUGUUUUAUUUCUCAUCAUUCGGUUUCCUUUCGGUUGUGCCUGGCUAUUGCCAUGGUUGGGUAUCAUAAGACAUUGGGCUUGGGGUUCGGAGAACAGAUGGCUGGCGUUGGGGUCUCAUGGUGUGUGCGACGGGAGGCAUUGUCGCAGACUAGUGUUGCUGUAUUUGUCGGGCAGUUUCGGAGUCACGCGGUCAAAAAACAUUGUCAUGGUGCAUUGUACAACGGGUUGGGGCAGAUUAGGUAGCUCGAUUUGCUUUUCGCAAUAAAAGAGUUGCAGCACACCUUCACCUA